AUGCUGCCCCGAGCCGCUCGCGCGCGGCGCUGUAUUGCCGCACGUCGACACCCGACGCCCCUCUACCGUCGCGCGGCUUCCGGGACGACGGCCGGUACCAGUGGCACCGGAACCGGUCGACCCGCUGACGAUGUCCCGCGCGCCGCAGCUACGGCCGCCCGCCGCCCGCCGCUGAACCGCUACAGUGCAACGAUUACGCAAUCCAAAGCCCGCGGCGCGUCUCAGGCCAUGCUCUACGCCACGGGCAUGACAGAGGCGGACAUGGACCGGCCCCAGGUCGGCAUCGCGUCCAUGUGGUGGGAAGGGAAUCCCUGCAACAUGCACUUGUUGGGCCUCGCGCAGGACGUGAAGAAGGGCGUGACGGCGGCGGAUCUCGUCGGGCUGUGCUUCAACACCAUUGGCGUGAGCGACGGCAUUAGUAUGGGCACGGACGGCAUGAGCUACAGCCUCCAGUCGCGCGAGAUCAUUGCCGACUCGAUUGAAACCGUCAUGGGCGGCCAGUGGUACGACGGCAACAUUUGUAUCCCCGGGUGCGACAAGAACAUGCCAGGCUGUGUGAUUGCCAUGGCACGCGUCAACCGGCCGUCGCUCAUGGUCUACGGAGGGACGAUCCGUGCUGGCUGCAGCUCGAAAGGCGAGUCUCUUGACGUGGUGUCGGCCUUCCAAGCCUAUGGCGAGUACCUGGCUGGACGGAUCACGGAAGAUGAACGUCACGACAUCAUUCGACACGCUUGUCCAGGUGCAGGGGCCUGCGGUGGCAUGUACACGGCGAACACCAUGGCGACAGCAAUCGAGACCUUGGGGCUGAGUCUGCCGUUCUCUUCGAGCUUCCCGGCUGAUUCGAUCGAAAAGAAGAACGAGUGUCUCCGUGCUGGUCACGCUAUGAAAGUGCUAUUGGAGAAGGACAUCAAACCGCUGGACAUUCUGAGCCGCACGGCCUUUGAAAACGCAAUCACCGUGACCAUGGCGUUAGGCGGCUCGACAAAUGCGGUGCUGCAUUUGAUUGCAAUUGCUCGAGCGGCGAAAAUUCCGUUGACGAUUGACGAUUUUGAACGCAUUAGCGAACGCGUACCAUUUUUGGCGGAUCUGAAACCGAGCGGCAAGUAUGUCAUGGAGGACAUUCACCGUGUUGGUGGUACGCCUGCUAUACUGAAGUACCUGCUGAAGCAGGGGUUGAUCGAUGGUGAUUGUUUGACCGUGACGGGGAAGACGUUGGGCGAAAACCUCGCUGAGGUCGCGGACCUUUCGGACAACCACAAGAUCAUUCACCCUGUCGACCGUCCGCUGAAGUCUAGUGGCCACUUGCGGAUUCUGCGUGGCGAUCUGGCUCCUGAAGGAUCAGUGGCAAAAAUUACCGGCAAGGAAGGCCUUGUGUUCACAGGCACGGCAAAGGUGUACGAUUGUGAAGAGGACAUGAUGAUUGGUCUCGAAAACAAUGAGAUCACAAAAGGCAGCGUCGUGAUCAUUCGUUACGAAGGCCCGAAGGGCGGUCCUGGCAUGCCUGAGAUGCUUGCGCCGACAUCGGCAAUCAUGGGAGCUGGCUUGGGCAAGGAUGUUGCCAUGCUCACUGAUGGACGCUUCUCGGGUGGCUCGCAUGGAUUUAUCAUUGGUCACAUUACACCUGAGGCUCAAGUCGGUGGUCCUAUAGCGCUCGUCAAGGACGGCGACAAGAUCACGAUUGAUGCCGAAAAGAACCGGAUUGAUUUCAUCGACAUGUCGUCUGAAGAGCUGGCUCAGCGCAAGAAGGAGUGGGUCGCUCCUCCGCUCAAAGCUACUCAUGGAACGCUGUACAAGUUUAUUAAGAACGUGAAAUCUGCUUCGGAAGGCUGCGUUACGGACGAAUAA